AUGUCAGGAGCCAGAGUCAAUGGGCACAGGAAAUUUAGAAGUAAGGUCAUUGACAAGAGGGAGGAUGGGAAGGAGAUAUUGGCUAUUGGGGAAGAGAAAAAAUAUGAAGCAGAAGAGCAUAAAAGCAAAGGGACUACAAACAGACAGCUGAACAUAGGCACCAACAUAGGCAGAGGGGCUGGAUUUAGUAGCAGUGCCUAUGGAAAUUUAGCAUUUGGUUUGGGGACAUCUGGUCAAAAGGGAUUGGAAGUCAGUAGAGUUGAUUGGAGUGAAAUUAGCAGUAGAGGAUCUGCUGGGGGUGAAUCCAUAGGUUUUAGAUGCCUAUUAAUUUUUAAUAACAUCUUGAUUUUUUCAUCAGUUGGAACAGGGUGUUUUGGCUGGGAACUUGGAGCUAGAAGGGGUGAUGCUGCAUUUGGUUUUAGAGCUUCUGGUUUGAGUUCAUUUGGUGACAGCAGCUUUAGUAGCAGAACAGUUGAAGGAAAUUGAGUGAUUAGAUCUGAAGGAUCCAUUUCCAAUGAUCUAGGUGACACCAGUCUAAGACUUGGGAAUACCUUUGUUGGUGAUAGCUCUGGAAAUUUGGAAUCCAAUUUAGGGGCUUUUGGCCAACAAGGAUUUGGAAUCAAUGAACUUGGAGGUGAUAGAAUGAGUGGCAGUGCAUCUGUUGGGGCUGGAUUUAAAGGCCUUGGAUAUGAUGUCAGUAGCUCAGGUGACACCAAUUUGAGAAAUGGUAAUACCUUUGUUGGUGAUAGCUCUGGAAACUUAGAAUCCAAUUUAGGGGCUUUUGGUCAACAGGGAUUUGCAAUCAAUGAACUUGGAGGGGAUAGAAUGCGUGGCAGUACAUCUUUUGGGGAUAGACAAAAAGACUUUGGCUCUGAUGCCAGUGUCACAAGCUCAUCUGACUACAGUACUUCUGGACCACUCAGCACUCCAGGAAAAGGAACCCAUAUUCCAGAAGCAACCCCCAAAUACUCAGAAACAAACAUAACUAUUGGUGAAGUUUCUACUUGGGGCAAAGGAGCAUAUAAAGAUUUCAACGGUCGUAUCUUUUCCUUUGAGUCUUCAUGCACGUAUAGUUUCUGCCGUCACUGUGUUGAAUCUGGAGGAGAUUUCAAUAUUGAGAUCAAACGAAACAAUGAUAGUGAGAUUGAAAAAAUAACAGUUAUAGUAGACAGUAAUGUCAUCUCUAUUGUUGGCAAUAUCAUUUUAGUUAAUGGAGAAAGUGUACAGAUACCAUAUGACAAUAAGAUGAUUCACAUUAAAAAAUAUGGAGAACAUAAUAUUCUGAAUAGCCGUAGAGGAAUCCUGUCUUUAAUGUGGGAUGAAAAUAAUAAACUCUCACUCACUCUUCACAAGCAGUAUCCAACUUGUGGUCUUUGUGGUAACUUCAACAGCAUUCCAGGAGACGAUAUUAAUGAGAACAUUGACAAUAGUAAAAUUCCUGGUAAUUGUCCCAAAGCUGUUACCAAAAGCUAUCAAGUUUGUGAAGAUGGAGUGCAUCACUGUAACAAAAUUAUUGGAACCUACUUUGAGAAAUGUGGAAAGGUUGGCACUUUAUCCAACAACUACAAAAUGAUCUGCAUUGAUGAGUACUGCCAAAGUAGAGACAAAAAAUCCACCUGUGACACUUAUGCAGAAUUGUCCCGCCUCUGUUCAUCAGAUGGUCCUGGCACCUAUGUAUCCUGGAGAGACGAUCCCGAUGUGGUUUGUGAAAAACCUAGAUGCCCAGAAAAACAUAUCUACAAAGAAUGUGGUCCCUCAAAUCCUGCAACUUGUUCUAAUGUUGCUCCUUUUCAAGGCAUCGAAUGUGUGAGUGGCUGCACCUGCCCAGAAGGUUAUCUAUUGGAUGAUAUUGGAGAGAAAGGGAGAUGCGUUUUGAAGGCUGACUGUCCCUGUGAAUCUAAUGGAAAGGUGUAUCAGUCAGGAGAAAUCCGUGAAGGUUCCUGUGGUUCUAAGUGCACAUGCCAAGAAGCAAAGUGGUCUUGCACUAAAAUGUUAUGUCCUGGAAGGUGUAAGGUGGAAGGAAGUUUGAUUACCACCUUUGAUGGUGUUAAAUACAAUCAUCCUGGAAACUGUCACUUUUUGGCCAUCCAUGAUAAAGAUUGGUCUAUUAGUGUUGAGCUUCGUCCAUGUCCAAGUGGUCAGUCAGGAACGUGCUUAAAUGGUGUUACACUCCUCUUGAAUUCGUCUGUUCUAGUUGACAAAUACAUAUUCAAUAGAGAUGGGACAAUCACAAAUGACAAGAUUAGAAAUCCAGGUUAUUAUUAUUCAGAAAAAAUACAGAUCUCCAAUGCAUCUUCCUCAUACCUUCAAGCAGAAACAUACUUUCAUGGAAAACUGCAAAUACAAAUUUUUCCUGUGAUGCAAUUAUAUGUUUCCAUGCCACCCGAAAAAUUCACAGACACUGUAGGACUCUGUGGUUCCUACAACAACAGAGCAGAGGAUGAUUUCAUGUCAAGUCAGAAUAUAUUAGAGAAGACAUCUCAGGCAUUUGCUAAUUCUUGGGAAAUGAUGCCUUGUCCUAAAGGAAACACUGCUUCAUGCAUCAGUAUAGAAAAAGAAAGGUUUGCUGAAAGGCACUGUGGAAUUCUUCUUGAUUUGAGUGGGCCUUUUGCUUCCUGCCAUUCAGUUGUGGACCCUAAACCAUAUCAAGAGGAAUGCAAAAAAUACACUUGUACUUGUGAAAAUAGUCAAGACUGCCUGUGCACGAUUUUAGGCAACUAUGUGAAAGCAUGUGCUGAGAAGGAAACUUACAUGAUAGGAUGGAGAGCUGGGCUUUGUGAUCAAUCUUGUCCAAGUGGCCUAGUUUUCAGGUACAAUGUAAAAACCUGCAAUAGUUCCUGCCGAUCAUUGUCAGAGAGAGAUAGGAGCUGCGAUAUGGAAGAUGUUCUAGUUGAUGGAUGCACUUGCCCUGAUGGAAUGUACCAGAAUAAUGAAGGAAAUUGUGUUCCAAAAUCUCAGUGUGACUGCUACAUAAAUGACGAGGUCAUGCAACCAGGCAAACUCAUCCAUAUUGAUGACAAUAAAUGCGUAUGUCGAGAUGGAAUUCUUCUUUGCCAGACUCCCAUUGAUUUAAUGCUACAAAAUUGUUCUAGAGGGGCUGAAUAUGUUGACUGUAGGAAUCCUAAGGCACAGAGAAGAGUUGACAGUACCUGUAGCACUCGGAACAUACCUAGUUUUGAAGAGAACUUGCCUUGCAAGCGUGGAUGCUACUGUCCUGUAGGAAUGGUUCGAAAUUCCAAAGGGAACUGUGUCUUCCCUGAUGACUGCCCAUGUUCUUUUGGUGGACAAGAGUAUGACCAAGGAAGUGUCACCUCGGUUGGCUGCAACAAAUGUACUUGCAUAAAAGGAUCUUGGAACUGUACACAAAAUGAAUGUCAAACCACCUGCCAUAUCUAUGGGGAAGGUCAUGUUAGAUCAUUUGAUGGAAAAAGUUACAGCUUUGAUGGUCUCUGCCAGUAUUCAUUUAUCGAGGAUUAUUGUGGUCGUGAAAAUGGCACAUUCCGUAUUUUAACUGAAAGCAUCCCGUGUUGUGAAGAUGGGCUUACAUGCUCAAGAAAAAUUAUAGUUGCUUUUCAGGAUCAGAAUAUUGUCUUGCAAGAUGGUAAAGUCACAGCAGUCAAAACUACAGAAAGUAAGGAAUGUGAACUCAGUAGAAAUUCAUACUCUGUUCAUACCGUUGGCCUGUACUUGAUUUUGAAAAUUUUAAGUGGAAUAACCAUAAUUUGGGACAAAAAUACAAGAAUUUCUGUGUCAUUGGAUCCACGCUGGAAUGACAAAGUGUGUGGUCUUUGUGGAAAUAACAAUGGCGAUCUUAAGGAUGAUUUCACAACGAGAUACUCAUCAGUAGCUGCUGGAGCACUGGAAUUUGGAAAUAGUUGGAAAACAAGUCAAGAAUGUUCAGACACAGUAGCUCAAACCUUCCCAUGUGACUCAAACCCAUACUGUAAAGCCUGGGCUGUGCGGAAAUGUGAGAUCAUCCGGGACAGUACCUUCAGAGACUGCCACAACAAGGUGGACCCCACUACGUACUAUGAUGCAUGUGUUGAAGAAGCUUGUGCAUGUGACAUGGAGGGGAAGUACCUGGGAUUCUGCACAGCUGUGGUGAUGUACGCAGAAGCAUGCAGUGCGGUUGGAGUCUGUGUUAAAUGGAGAAAACCAGAUCUCUGUCCUGUCUACUGUGAUUAUUAUAAUGCACCUGGGGAAUGCAGCUGGCAUUAUGAACCUUGUGGUACACUGACUGCAAAAACAUGCAAAGAUAAAGUAAUUGGCCAGAAGUUUUCUGCAAUUUUAGAAGGCUGUUAUGCUAAGUGCCCGGACAGUGCUCCCUUCCUGGAUGAGAACACCAUGAAAUGCGUCAGUUUGUCUGAGUGCAGCUGCUUCUAUAAUGACAUCAUACCUGCUGGUGGAGUGAUCCAAGAUAACUGUGGGAGAACAUGCUAUUGCAUCGCGGGAGAGUUGGAGUGUGGUGAAACUGCUCCUACAAACUCAACAUUUACAGUUUCUACUCCAACAGCUACCUCCAUACUAAGCACUGAAGCAGCAAUUACACUGGUGACCAGUAGCUCAGGCACAGCAGCUUCCAUUCCAGGGAUUACUACAUCAAGCAGUGAAAUAAUCGGUAUUACUAGAACUCCAGUGCCUAUCACCUCCACAGCUGGAAGUGUGGGCACCACAGGAGCAGUGGGCCCCACCUUCACCAGUUCUGGGCUCAUAUCAGGGUCAACUGGAGGAUCAGUAAGUGCAACCACAGGCGCUGAAGAUAGAAGCACAAGUGACAUAGGCUUCAGAGUAGGGACCCCAGGAGUAUCAGAGGGUUUCACAACCACGCAUGGAAGCAAAAGCACAAGUGGAGACUCACCUACCCCAGGCACAACCCCGGGAGGCCAAGCAGGUAUUGAAAUGGGAAGUGUGAGGCAUCUUCUUACUGACCUUAGGGAAGUUGCCAGCACUUCUGAGUUAUUAGCUACAAGUGUAACAGGAGAAUUUGUUGUAACUACCACUGGAACUGGCAGUGGCAUCACAGCUAGACCACCUUUCCCUGGUUCCAGCCCAACUGGAACAACUGGAGGGGAAAAUGCUGCCAUCACUGGAGCUGCUGGUGAAAACACUUCUGGAGCAGCAGGGACAAAUGGACAAUCUCUUGAAAGAUCAGGAAGAACAGAAACAUCAGCUGGAGGAUCAAGGACAAUUGGACCAUCUGUUGUAGGAUCAGGGACAACUGGAUCACUAUCUGGGGUGACAGCAACAACUGGACCAUCAACAGAAGAAUCAGGAACCACUAAACGAUCAAAUAAAGUCUCAGGAAAAACAGUACCAUUAACUGAAAGAUCAAGGACAACUGUGCAAUCAAUUGGAGUAACAGGGACUACUGGGUCAUCAACUGAAGAAUCAGGGACAACAGUACCAUCAACUGGAGUGACAGGGACUACUGAAACAUCAACUGGAGGAUCAGGAACAACUGGAUCAUCAAUUGGAGUAUCAGGGUUUACUGGACCAUCAACUGGGGAUUCUGGGGCAACUGAAUCAUCAGCUUUAGGUUCAAAGACAAGUGAACGAUCAGUUAGAGGAUCAAGAACCACUGAGACAUCAGGUUCAGUGACAGGAACAUAUGAACCAUCAAUGAAAACAUCAGGGAUAACUGGAAAACCUAGGUCAAUUGAACCAUCUGUUGUAGGGUCAGAGACAACCGCUCCAUUAUUUGGAGCAACAGGGACUACUAUUAUUGGAAAAGGAACCAGUUUAUGGUCAUCUGGAGUAUCAGGGAUCCCUGGAUCAACACCUGGAAAUUCAAUAGCAACUGGCCCAAAUAUUGUAGGUUCAGGGACAAGUGCACCAUUAUCUGGAGCAACAGGGACCACUGUUAUAAGACCAGGAACCAGAUUACCCUCAUCUGGAGCAGCUUGGACCCCAGGACCAUCAGCUGGAGGAUCAGCAGCAACAGGACAAUCUGGUGUAGGUUCAGAGACAAAUGUACCAUUAUCUAGAACAACAGGGACCACUGUUAUAGGAUCACGAACCAGUUUACCCUCUUUUGGAUCAUCACCUGGAGGAUCAGCAGCAAUUAGACCAAAGGUUGUAAGUUCACAGACAAGUACACCAUUACCUGGAGCAAGAGGGACAACUGUUAUAGGAUCAGGGACAAAUGGAUCAUCCCUUGAAGGAUCAAUGACAAGUGGAUCAACAGCUGGACUGACAGGAACAACUAAAAUCUCUGUUGUAGGGUUGGGGACAACUGGACCAUCAUCUGGAGCAUCAGGAGCAACUGGAACAGCAAGUAACAGUGCAGGGACAAUUGGAUCAUUAGCUGAGGUGACAGGAACAACUGAAAUCUCUAUUGUAGGUUCAGGGACAACUGGAUCAUCACCUGGAGGAUCAGGAGCAAGUGUACCAUCUGUUGUAGUUUCAGAGACAACUGCACCAUUAUCUGGAGCAACAGGGACCGCUGUUACAGGAACAGGAGUCAGUUUACCAUCAGUUGAUAGAACAGCCAUGACUAGAUCAAUACCUCGAGGAUCACGGACAACUGGACAAUCUGUUAUAGGUUCAGAGACAACUGCAUCUUUAUCUGGAGCAAUAGAUACCACUGUUAUAGGAACAGGGAGUAGUUUACCCUCAUCUGGAGCAUCAGGGACCCCUGGACCAUCACCUAGCAAAUCAGCAGCAACUAGAUCACCUAGUAUAGGUUCAGAGACAAAUACACCAUUAUCUGGAGCAACAGGAAACAUAGUUACAGAAUCAGGAAUGGGUUUACCCUUAUCUGGAUCAUCAGGGAAACCUGGAUCAUCACCUGGACGAUCAGCAGCAACUGGACCACCUGGUAUUGAUUCAGAGACAACUGCAGUAUUAUCUGGAACAAUGGGAACUGAAGCUAUAGCAUCAGGAACAAGCUUAUCAUCAGUUGAGGGAUCAGGGACCACUAGAUCACUACCUGGAAUAUCAGAGACAAGUGGGCCAACUGGUCUAAGUUCAGAGAUAUCUGUGCCAUUAUCUGCAACAACAAGAACUAAUGUUAUAGGAUCAGGAACAGGUUUACCCUCAUCCGGAGCAUCAGGGACCCCAGGAUCAUCACCUGCAGGAUCAGCAGCAACUGGACCACAUGGUGUUGGUUCAGAGACAACAGCACCAUUGUCUGGAGCAACAGGGACAGCUGCUAUAAGAUCAGGAACCAGUUUAACAUCGGUUUUAAAAUCAGGGACCGCUAGAUCAAUACCAGGAAGAUCAGGGACAACUGGACCACCUGCUGUAAGUUCAGAGACAACUGCACCAAUAUCUGGAGCAAGAGGAACUGUAGCUAUAGGAUCAGGUACAAGUUUACCAUCGGUUGAGGGAUCAGGGAGCACUAGAUCACUACCUGGAGGAUCAGCAGCAACUGGACCACCUGGUAUUGAUUCAGAGACAACUGCAGCAUUAUCUGGAACAAUGGGAACUGAAGCUAUAGCAUCAGGAACAAGCUUAUCAUCAGUUGAGGGAUCAGGGACCACUAGAUCACUACCUGGAAUAUCAGAGACAAGUGGACCAACUGGUCUAAGUUCAGAGAUAUCUGUGCCAUUAUCUGCAACAACAGGAACUAAUGUUAUAGGAUCAGGAACAGGUUUACCCUCAUCUGGAGCAUCAGGGACCCCAGGAUCAUCACCUGCAGGAUCAGCAGCAACUGGACCACAUGGUGUUGGUUCAGAGACAACAGCACCAUUGUCUGGAGCAACAGGGACAGCUGCUAUAAGAUCAGGAACCAGUUUAACAUCGGUUUUAAAAUCAGGGACCACUAGAUCAAUACCAGGAAGAUCAGGGACAACUGGACCACCUGCUGUAAGUUCAGAGACAACUGCACCAAUAUCUGGAGCAAGAGGAACUGUAGCUAUAGGAUCAGGUACAAGUUUACCAUCGGUUGAGGGAUCAGGGAGCACUAGAUCACUACCUGGAGGAUCAGGGACAAGUGGACCACCUAGUGUAAGUUCAGAGAUAACUGUGCCAUUAUCUGCAACAACAGGGACUAAUGUUAUAGGAUCAGGAACAGGUUUACCCUCAUCCGGAGCAUCAGGGACCCCAGGAUCAUCACCUGCAGGAUCAGCAGCAACUGGACCACAUGGUGUUGGUACAGAGACAACGGCACCAUUAUCUGGUGCAAAAGGGACAGCUGCUUUAGGAUCAGGAACAAGUUCACCAUCGGUUGUAGGAUCAGGGACCACUAGAUCAAUACCUGGAGGAAUAGGGAGAACUGGACCACGUGCUGUAGGUUCCGAGACAACUGCAUCAUUAUCUGGAACAAGAAGAACUGCAGGUACAGGAUCAGGAACAAGUUUACCAUCACUUGAAGGGUCAGGGAGAACUAGAUCACUACCUGGAGGAUCAGGGACAAGUGGACCACUUAGUGUAAAUUCAGAGAUAACUGCACCAUUAUCUGGAGCAGCACGGACUAGUGUUACAGGAUCAGGAACCAGUUUACCAAUAUCUAGAGCAUCUGGGACCCUUAGAUCAUCAACUGGAGGAUCAGCAGCAACUUCAUCACCUGGUGUUGGUUUGGAGACAACAGCAACACUAUCUGGAGCAACAGGGACUGCUGCUAUGGGAGCAGGAACCAGUUUACUCUCAGCUAAAGAAACAGGUACCACUAGAUCAAUUCCUCAAGAAUCAGGGAGAACUGCACUACCUAGUGUAGGUUCACAGACAACUGCAGCAUUAUCUGGAAAAACAAUAACUGCAGCUACAGGAUCAGCAACAAGUUUACCAUCAGUUGAGGGAUCAGGGGCCACUAGAUCACUACCUGGAGGAUCAGAGAGAAUUGGACCAACUGGGGUAAGUUCAGAUGUAACUGUGCCAUUAUCUGGAACAAUAGGGACUAAUGUUAUAGGAUCAGAAACCAGUUUAACCUCAUCCGGCACAUCAGGGACACCUGGAUUGUCAACUGGAGGAUCAGCAGCAAGUGAAGCACCUGGUAUUGGUUUGCAGACAACAGCACCAUUUUCUGGAGCAACAGAGACCACUCCUAUAGGAUCAGGAACAAGUUUAUCCUCAUCUGGAACAUCAGAGAUACCUGGAUCAUCUAUUGGAGGAUCAGCAACUGGACCACCUGGUAUUGUUUCAGACACAACUGCCCCAUUAUCUGGAGGAGCAGGGACUGCUGCUAUAGAAUUAGGAACCAGUUUACCUUCAUCUGGGGUAUCAGAAACCCCUGGAUCAUCACCUGGAGGAUCAUCAGCUGCUGGAUCACCUGGUCUUGGUUCAGAGACAACUGCACCAUUAUCUGGAGCAACAGAGACCACUGAUUUAGAAUCAGGAGCCAGUUUACCAUCAGUUGAAGGACUAGGGACCAGUAGAUUAAUACCUGGAGGAAAAGGGACAACUGAACCACCUGUUGUAGAUACAGAGACAACUGCACCAUUAUCUGAAGAAAGAGGAGCUUCAGGUUUAGGAUCAGGAACAGGUUUACCUUCAAUUGAAGGAUCAGGGAGCACUAGAUCACUACCUGGAGGAUCAGGGACAAGUGGACGACCUGGUGUGAGUUCAGAGAUAACAGCGCCAUUAUCUGGAACAAGAGGGACUAAUGUUAUAGGAUCAGGAAGUAGUUUACCCUCAUUUGGGGCAUCAGGAACCCCUGGAUUAUCACCUGGAGGAUCAGCAGCAAGUGCACCACCUGGUACUGUUUUGCAAACAACUGCACCAUUAUCUGCAGCAACAGGGUCUGCUGCUAUAGGAUCAGGAAUCAGUUUACCAUUAGUUGAAGGAUCUGGGACCACUAGAUCAAUAACUGGUGGAUCAGUGACAACUGUAGCAGGUGCUGUACGUUCAAAGCCUACUGCACCUUUAUCUGGAAAAACAGGAACUAAUGUUAUACGAUUGGGAACAAGUUUACCCACAUCAGGAGCCUCAGAAAACCUUGGAUCAUCACCUGGAGUAUCGGCAGCAACUGGAACACCUGGUGUUGGUUCAGAGACAAGUGCACAAUUAGCUGGAGCAAUAGAGACGUCUACUCUAGGGUCAGCAAAGAGUUUGCCAUCAGUUGAAAGAUUAGGGACCACUAGACCAAUACCUGGAGGAUCAGGGACAACUGGACCACUUGCUGUAAUUUCAGAGACAACUGCAUCUUUAUUUGGAAAAACGGAGCCUCAUGUUAUAAGAUCAGGAGCAGUAGGGACCCCUGGAUCAUCACCUGGAGGAUCAGCAGCAACUGGAUCACCUGGUAUUGUUUCAGACACAACUGCCCUAUUAUCUGGAGAAACAGGGACCAUUGAUAUUGGAUCAGGAACCAGUUUAUCCUCAUCUGGAGCAUCAGGGACUCCUGGAUUGUCACCUGGAGGAUCAUUAGAAAGUGGAUCACCUGUUAUUGUUUCAGAGACAACUGCACCAUUAUCUGGAGCAACAGGAAUUGCCACUAUAAGACCAGGAAAUGGUUUACAGUCAUCUAGAACAUCAGGGACCCCUUUAUCAUCUCCUGGAGUAUCAUCAACAGGUGGACCACCUGGUAUUGGUUCCGAGACAACUGCACCAUUAUCUGGAGCAACAGGAGCUACAACUAUAGGAUCAAGAACAAGUUUACCAUCAGUUGAGGGAUCAGGGACCACUAGAUCACUACCUGGAGGAUUACAGACAAGUGGACAACCUGGUGUAAGUUCAGACAUAACUGCAUCAUUGUCUGGAACAACACGGUCUAAUCUUAUAGAAUCAGGAAGCAGUUUACCCUCAUCUGGAGCAUCAGGGACCACUGGACCAUCACCUGGAGGAUCAGCAGCAACUGGAUCACCUGUUAUUGUUUUGGAGACAAAUGCGGUAUUAUCUGGAGCAACAGGAACUGCAGUUAUAGGUUCAGGAACCAGUUUACCAUCAGUUGAGGGAUCAGGGACCACUAGAUCACCACCUGGAGGAUCAGGGACAAGCGGACCAACUGGUUUAAGUUCAGAGAUAACUGAGCAAUUAUCUGGAACAACAGGGAGUAAUGUUAUAAGAUCAGGAACUAGUUUACCCUCAUCUGGAGCAUCAGGGAACACUGCAAUAUCACCUGGAAGAUCAACAGCAACUGGACCACCUGUUGUAGGUUCAGAGACAUUUGGACCAGUAUCUGGAGCAAUGGGCACCACUCUUACAGGAUCUGGGGACAGUUUAACAUCAUUUGAAAGAACAGCCUCUACUAGAUCAAUUCCUGGAGGAUCAGGGAGAACUGGACUGUCAGUUUUAGGCUCAGAGACAACUGUGUCUCUAUUUGGAGCAACAGGGACCACUGUUACUGCAUCAACAGCCAGCUUGCCAUCAGCUGAAAGACCUGCCACCAGUAGUUCAAUACAUGCAGGGUCAGGGACAAGUGGACCAUAUAUUGUAGGCUCAGACAAAAGUGCACCAUUAUCUAGAGCAACAGGGACCAUUGCUAUAGGAUCAGGAACUGGUUUACCAUCAGUUGAAGGAUCAGGGACCAAUAGAUCAGUACCUGGAGGAUCAAGGACAACUGGACCACCUGGUGUAAGUUCAACGACAAUUGCAUCUUUAUCUGGAGCAACAGGGACCAAUGUUAUAGAAUCAGGAACAAGUUUACCCUCAUCUGGAGCAUCAGGGACCCCUGGAUCAUUGCCUGGAGAAUCAGCAGCACCUACACCACCUGGUGUAGGUUCAGAGACAACUGCACCAUUAUCUGUAGGAACAAGGACUACUAUUUAUGGAUUAGGAACCAUUUUACCUUCAUUGGUAAUAUCGGCAAACCCUGGAUCAUUACCUGCUGGAUCAACAACACAUAGGUUACCUGGUUCAAGUUCAGAGACAACUGCACCAUCAUCUGGAGCAACAGCGACCACUGUUAUAGGAUUAGUAAACAGUUUACCAUUAGUUGAAGGAUUAGCGACCACUAGAUCAAUACUUGGAGGAUCAGAGACAAGUGGACCAUCUGUUGUAGGUUCAGAGACAACUGCACCAUUAUCUGGAGCUACAGGAACCACUGUUAUUGUGUCAAGAACCAAGUUGUCAUCAGUUGAAGCAUCAGCCACCACUAGUUCAACACCUGGAGAGCCAGGGACAAGUCGACCAUAUGUUGUAAGUUCAGAGACAAGUUCACCAUUAUCUGCAACAACAGGUACCACUGUUAUAGGAUCAGGAACCAGUGUACCCUCAUCUGGAGCAUCAGGGGCUCCUGGAUCAUUGCCUGUAGGAUCAGCACCAACUGGACCACUUAGUGCAAGUUCAGAGACAACUGCACCAUUAUCUGGAGCAACAAGGACCAUGGUUAUAGAAAGAGGAACUAGCUUACCAUCAGUUGAAGGAUCAGUCACCACUAGAUCAAUACCUGGAGGAUCAGGAACAGCUGGGUCAUCUUUUGUAGGUUCAGAGACAACUACACCAUUAUCUGGAGAAAUAGGGACGACUGUUAUGGGAUCAGGGACAAGUUUACAAUCAGUUGUAGGAUCAGGGAUAACUGGAUCCACAGUUGUACUGUUAGGAAAAACUAGAAUCUCUAUUGUAAGUUCAGGGACAAUUGGAUCAUUAUCUGGACCAUCAGAGACAACUGGAACAUCAACUGAAAGACUAGGAACAACUCGUUCAUUAUCUGGAGUGACAGGAACCAAUAGAAUCUCUGUUGUAAAUUCAGGUAUAAAUACACUAUCAUCUAGAGCAGCACUGACCCCUGAAUCAUCGCCUGAAGGAUCUGUAUCAACUGAAUCACCUGAUGUAGGUUUAGGGACAACUGGAUCAUUAGCUGAAGCAUCAUGGACAACUGAAACAUCAGCUGAAGAACCAGACAAAACUGGAACUUUUGUUGCAAGUACCAGGACAACUGGGUUAUCAGCUGGAAGUUCAGGGACAACUCGAUCAUUUAUUAUAGGAUCAGGAACAACAGGACCAGCAGUUGAAGUAUCAGGGACAGCUGGGCCAUCAUCUGGAGGAUCAAGGACAACUAGAACAUCAAUUAAAGGAUUUGGAAAAACUGGUUCAUUAGCUGGAGUUACAAGAACAACUAUAAUCUAUGCUGAAAUUUCAGGGACAGUUGCACCAUUAUCUGGGGUGACUAGGACUCCUGUAUUAUCACCAGGAGGAUCAGCAUCAACUGGAACAAGUGUUGUAGGGUCAGGGACAAUGGGAUCAUCAGGUGGAGAUUUAUGGAGAACUGAACCAUCAACUGGGAAAACAGGAACCACUGGAUCAUCACCUGGAGAAUCAGUGUCAGGUGGUAUUUCUGCUGUAGGUUCAGGGACAACUGUACCAUCACCUGGAGUCACAAGGACAGCAGGGGUUUCAGAGACCACUCGAUCAUCUGUUAUAGGAUCUGAGGCAACCAGACCUGCAGUUGAAGGAUCAAGGACAACUGGAUCAACAGCUGGACUGACUACAACCACUAGGACAUCUGUUGUAGUUUCAGGGACAACUGGACCAUCAUCUGAAGUGACAAGGACAACAAUAACAUCUGGUGUGGUUUUAGGGACAAUAGGACCACCAUCUGGAGAAACAGAGACCACUGUUAUAGGAUCAGGAGCAAGUGGAUCAUCAGCUGAAGGAUCACAGACAAGUGGAUCAACACCUGGAAUGACAAGAACUACUGGAACAUUCAUUGUAGGUUCAGAGACAAGUGCACCAUCAUCUGGAGCAUCAGGGACAACUGGAUCAUCACUUCGACUGACUGCCACAACUAGAUUCUCUGUUGUAGGCUCAGGUACAAUGGAACCAUCAGCUAGAGAACCAUGGAAAAUCAGCCCAGGAGAUGUAACUUCAUCAACCAUUGUAUUGUCAGCUGGUGCUUCAGGAACAACUAGACCUGGAGUAACAGGGACAAGUAGACCAUCUGUUGUAGGUUCAGAGACAGAUAGUCCAUCAUCUGGAGAAAUAGGGAUCACUGUUAUAGGAUCAGGGUCAAGUGGAUCAUCAGCUGAAGGAUCAGAGACAACUGGAUCAACAGCUGGACUGACUAUAACCAGUAGGACAUCUGUUGUAGGUUCAGGGACAACUGGACCAUCAUCUGGAGUGACAGGGACAAAAAUAACAUCUGGUAUAGGUUCAGGGACAACUGGGCCACCAUCUGGAGGAAGAGAGACCGUUGUUAUUGAAUCAGGAGCAAGGGGAUCAUCAGCUGAAGCAUCACGGACAACUGGAUCAACAGGUGGACUAACAAUAACCACUAGUACAUCUGGUAUAGGUUCAGGGGUAAGUGCACUAUCAUCUGGAGUGACAAGGACAACAAUAACAUCCAGUGUAGGUUUAGGGACAACUGGAUCAUCAUCUGGAGAAACAGGGACCACUGUUGUUGAAUCAGGAACAAGUGGACCCUCAGGUGAAGGAUCAGGGACAACUGCAUCACCAGAUGGAUUGACAAGAACCACUAAAAUCUCUGUUGUAAGUUUAGGGACUACUGGACCAUCAUCUGAAGUGAUGUGGACAACACGAACAUCUAUUGUAGGUUCAGGGACAACUGGAUCAUCAACUGGAGUAUUAGAGACAAUUGAUACAUCAGCUGAAGGAUUGAAGACAAGUAGACCAUCAACUGGAAGAUCAUGGACAACUGGGACAUCAGUUGAAAGAUCUGGAACAACUGGAUCAUCAACUUUUACAACCACAGGGGCCAGGGGGAAAACUUGGGGGCCAGGAAGUGAGGUUACCACAUAUGAAGGUACUUCAGGAGAAUUCUCUAAGGCAACCAUAUCUGGAAGUUCCGACACAGAAGCCACAAGAUUAAUAGGAGGCAGUGGCACACCUGUAACUGGACUCAGACCUGUAGAUAGCACUGCAGUACCAGGAGGUCAAGCAACUGGGAGUGUGACAGGAACCACUGGGGUAAUUCCUGGCACAACUGUUGCCCUUGGCAGUUCCAACACAGAGGCUACAACUUCUGUAGAAGAAAGUGGAACAGCAAGAGUUGGAAUAAUCAUGGGCACAAUUGAGAGCAUCUCUGGCAAAACUCUGGGACCUGGAAGUGCCAACACAGAAGCCACAAGUUCCACAAGAGGCAGUGAGACUACCCAAGGAGGACUACCAGGAGGCACCUCUGGCACACCAGGUGGAUAUGUCCCUGGAAGUAAAACAGGUAUCACUGGAGAAAUGUCUGGAACAACCAUUGCAUCUGAAAUUUCUAACACAGGUACCAGUGGUGUAGUCUCCAGCCCAGAUAUUACAUCUGGAAGUUCCAGCACUGGUACCAAGGGUAUGGCCUCAGGUACCACUGUUGAACCUGGAAGUUCCAAUACUGGUAUCACCACGAAAUUCAGUGAUGGAAGGACAGUCCCAGAGGGUUCUAUUUCAGGUACCACAAGGGUAGCUUCUGGAACUACACUUGAACCUGGGAGUUCAAACAAAGGGGGAUCUAGUAGCGAAGUCACUGGCAUUCAAACAGGUAUUACUGGAGUGUAUGGUGGUAGUACCAUCUCACCUUGGAGUUCCAACACAGGAGCCACCACUGGCACAUCUGAGAGGCCAAGCCCUGGAAGUGAAAUAGGUACCACUAGUGUAGUCUCUGACACAACAGUUACAUCUGGAAACUCUAACACAGGGGCCACCACUUCUUUGGGAAGGGGUGAAACCACCCAGGGUAGAAUUAAAAUAGUUACCACGAGGGUGACUACUGGCACAACUAUUGUACCUGGGAAUAUACGGGAGGAAGGAAGUACCACUGGGACAGGCUCUGGGACAUCCUCACCUGGAAGUUUCAAAACAAGCAAUAGCCCGGAAUCAGUAGGAGUCACCAGUAGCCAAGAAGGCACUGCUGUGAUAUCAAGCAAAAUUACUGGUGUCUCAGAAAGUUCCAGCCAAGUUACCUUCAAGGAAGCAUCUGAAACAACCAGUGCUCCUGUACUUUCUACCACAGUCACUGCUUCCACAGGAGUCAAGGAAACCUCUGGAACUGGAAUGCAAACAGGCUCCACCUCAGUGUCAAAUGAAAUCACAACAAGCCCCAAAGUGUCCUACCCAGAAACCACUGUAGUAGCAACAGGAGAUCAAGAAAAUGAAAAUAAAACAGGAUGCCCAGUAUCACUUCCACCACCUCCAGUUUGUCAUGGUCCACUGGGAGAAAAGAAGUCUCCUGGAGACACAUGGACUGCCAAUUGCCACAGAUGCACCUGUACCAAUGCAAAGACCGUAGACUGUAAACCCAAGGAGUGUCCUUCUCCACCCACAUGCAAAACUGAAGAAAGGCUUGUAAAGUUCAAAGCUAAUGAUACCUGCUGUGAAAUCGGGUACUGUGAACCAAGAACAUGUUUAUUUAACAAUACCGACUACAAGGUUGGUGCUUCAUUUGGUGACCCCAGCAACCCAUGUGUCUCCUACUUCUGCCAGAGCACAGGUUUCGUUGCGGUGGUAAAAGACUGCCCAAAGCAGAGUUGGUGUGCAGAAGUAAGCAGAGUCUAUGAUUCAAAUAACUGUUGCUAUACAUGUAAAACUAAUUGCAGAUCUUCACCUGUGAAUGUGACUGUUAACUACAAUGGUUGCAAGAAAAAAUUUGAGAUGGCAAGAUGCAUAGGGGAAUGUAAAAAGACUCUCAGGUAUGAUUAUAAUAAGUUUCUGUUGAAAAAUUCAUGCCUUUGCUGCCAAGAAGAAAACUAUGAGUUCAGAGAAAUUGUUCUUGACUGUCCUGAUGGCAGUACAAUACCUUACAGAUACAGGCACAUCACGACGUGUUCCUGCUUAGACGUGUGCUAA